UCAUGCUGCUGCCAGGUCCAGAGUCUCUCAUGGGUCCCUGUACGGCCUCCCAUUGCUGCUGUCUCCAUCGCCACACUCUGCCAUGUGCCACUUUCAGGUCUCCUCACACUGCUGGUGUGUUCCAUUUUUUGUCAUAGGGUGCUGGCAGAUUACGGGCCUCCCAUAGCUGCUGCCAGGCCCCUAAUCUGCCAUGGGCCCCUAUACCCGCCUCCUCAUGCUGCUGCCAAGUCCAGAGUCUCUCAUGGGUCCCUGUACGGCCUCCCAUUGCUGCUGUCUCCAUCGCCACACUCUGCCAUGUGCCACUUUCAGGUCUCCUCACACUGCUGGUGUGUAUUUUUUGUC